CUGGAUGCGAGCCCGUCGUGUUUCCAGCGGAGAGAACCGGAGAACCAGCAGGAUGGGGAAGAAACAGAAGAAGUCCGGAGAGGACAGCGCCAAAGACGACGGCGUCGACAUCGACGCUCUGGCCGCAGAGAUCGAAGGAGCUGGAGCAUUGAAGGAGGUGAAGGGAAAGAAGAAGAAGAAAGGAGCCAAGAAGGAGGACUACGAUGAGGACGACAUCCUGAAGGAGCUGGAGGAGUUGUCUCUGGAGACUCGGGGAGGAAAAGCAAAGAAUGCAUAA